GUACACUGUGAAAGAAGACAGUAUUAUAGUUCCAGAUGGUUCACCUUGUGAAGAUAAUAAAAUAUGCUAUGAAGGUGAAUGUAUCUCAUCAAACGAAAUGAAAACCAUCAAUGGUGGAUGGAGUGAUUACGGGAGUUUUAGUAAAUGUUCACGGACUUGUGGUGGUGGAAUUAAAUCAAGACAUCGAUAUUGUAAUAAUCCAACACCUAUGUACGGUGGUCAAUACUGUUUGGGAAAAAAAAUAGAUUAUCAAAUUUGUGCUUUAAAGAAAUGCCCUCAAGAAACACAAGAUUUUAGAGAUAGUCAGUGUGCUGAUUAUAAAAAUCCAAAAGAUCAAGAUUUCAGUGUUAGCUGGAAAUCUUAUGAAAAUACUGUUAAUCCGUGUUUGUUGUAUUGUAUGAAGAACGAUAGAUAUUUUCCAUUACAUCGUAAUGUUCUUGAUGGCACUCCAUGCAGAGGCGAAAAUUCUCAUAUGUGUGUUAAUGGAAUAUGCAAAAAAUAUGGAUGUGAUUAUAAAUUCGACUCAGUUGCUGAACUGGAUAUUUGUGGUGUUUGUAAUGGAAAUAAUUCUACUUGCCAUCAAAUUUUACUUUAA